UGAACAGAGUCUGACAAGCAAUGCUUUCGAUUACACAGAAUAAUGAGGCAAUAUUUGCUUCAAGGUGUUUACCAACCAAUGUGAAAAAAUACGUCAGCUAAGGAAUAUUACUUCUGCGACUUUUAAAUCGCACUUUGUGUAAUUGGAAUCGUAAUUUUGUCCCUGAGGGGAAAACGAAGUGUUUAUAUUUAAAUAGUCGCUGCCACUAUUAAUUCGGAGAAAGCGAAUUUCGUGCAUGGUAUGAUUUGUCAUGUUUUAACUCUUGUGUUCUUGAUCGAGCUAUUUCAGAAACUCAACAUCUGGGUGAUUUCAAGUUUGUAAAUAAGGUCGCAGAGACAGAAGCAUUUCCUGGCUAGCCGACGGCGGAAAAUAAGUAUUAUGUUUUCGUUCGGAUGAUUAAAAAUUCAUAGUUGUUUUGAAAAAAUGGGAAAAGGAAAAAGACACAAUGCUUUUUGCUCUUGCUCGCUGCAUGCAUGGACAAAUGAGCAUUGAAUGAAUGAGAAUUUUACAACAAGAAUACAGGAAUAAUCUCUUCGUAUUCAAGGUUAUUGCAGGUUACUCAUAACAGCUGGCACUGAAAACAAAUCCCCAUAAAAGUUAUCUAAGUAGACAAGACAAAUUGCUUGUGCCUACGGCCACUAAAAGAGAGACAUACGAGCCUGACACUUAAAAAAUACUCCGCUAAUUACUUUUCCUCUACGUGAACCGCGCCAACAAACCUGUUUUAUCGGGAACCUCAUAUGAACACUAAAAUGUUUAGCCCCUGGCGAAGUCAACAAAUCAGACAGAGAAGAAACAUUACAACGUUAAUCAAUCCAUGUGCGCAUUAACGCCUGUUUGUAAAUCAGGGUAAAUGGUUUGAUCGCGUGGACACUACGCUUGCGGCGAAAUCAAUCAGACGUAGCCAAUUCUGCUGACAUGCUUCGCUACUAAAAAGAUAAUAAUUUCAAGAAUUCCAGACUGUAAUAUCUCUCGAGAGUAACCAUCUUCUAGAAAAAAAAAAUUGUCGCGUUUUUCAUGAACGGGGAUAGCGAUCAAAAACAUUAUAUUCCUAUGACGUGCGAAGCUUCGUUGAAUAAAUCGCUACAGGAUAAUUGAAAGGGGCGGUUCUUGGAAAUUGCUAUUUCCUAAAAAACGGAAAACAAGGAAGUUGCUGUUUGUUCUCCCCGAAGGAGACGGACGGAAGAAAUUAGACGAAUACAUUUUCAUUGACUGUUAACUGUGCUCAGAAAGUACCGACUAUAAAAUCGCCUUUUCCUGGAAAACAAAAAAAAGCAAACAACAAUUUAUUUCUUAACUAUUAUUACCUAUUUCUUACCCUGAAAAAUCAAGAAAGAAAUUAAAAGCAGACAUUUUUCUGUUAACGGUGCUCAGAAAUAUAUGAAAGGAAUAGUGACUCUUGGAAAUCACCAUUUCAAGGACAAAGAAAAUCAAUAUAUCUAAAUCCUGAAAAGAAGAAAGAAAUAAGACGCUGACAUCGGUUUAAAAAACCUUUUCGUUAAAAACGGAAGACGAGUUGUUUCAAUUUGUCAAACAAGGGAAGAAAGGCGUUUGGCAAGAUGUCUAAAGAUAAUCUGGGUACGCAGAUUUCCCUCGCUGUGAUAUCAAUGUGCGGAAUGACCAUGAAUGCUCUCGUCUGCUACAUCGUAUACAAGCACAGAACGAUGAGGAACUAUACAAACUGCCUAGUUGUGUCUCUUGCAUGUUCCGACGUCAUAAUGGCCGCUGUUCUUUUCUGUCAAUACUUAAUUAGUUUCCACUCCCCAACAGCCAGUAACAUUCUAUACGCGAUCGCUAUGUUCAGCGGUAUCGCCAAUCUCUGUGCUGUCACGUUCGAUCGUCACACCGCUGUCACGCAACCGUUGCGUUACUUGAACUUGAUGAGUAGGUACUUCCGGCGCAUCGUCGUCUGCGUUUGGAUUGGCUCAAUCGUGCUCUCCGUACUUCCGGUAUUGUGGGUGGGUGAAGGCAGCAGUGACGGGCACGCUGCUUAUGUCAUAACCACCCUUGUCGUGUGUAUUCUUACGCCAUUCUUGUUCAUACUAUUCUCCCAUUGCUGUAUCUUCUAUCACGCGAGGAGAAUUACUCACCGUGAUCGUCGACUCAACAGAUGUCUGCGCAGCAAAAGAGGCCGAGUCACCAACACUGAGUAUAAAGUAGCGCGCAUUUUCGCUCUUGUUGCUGCUAUGUUCUUGAUAAGCUGGUUGCCAGUUAUCUAUUACACCACUGCGGCAGUUUUCAAACGCAUUGAUCUGGUGCCGCAAAUCCUCCUCGACCUCUCGCCGAUUACGCUCGCUCUGGGUACAGUCGUCAACCCGUUGAUCUACUCUCUGAUGAAGCCAGAUUUUCGACUCGUUGUGAAGAAAAUGAUUCACUGCAAGCCUGCACAAGAGAAUGUCAACCCGAGCUCAACAUUUGAAAGCCCGAGAACAAUGGUUACGGAAGAGAGAUGGGAGGGGAGGGAAGAGAGAGCGGAGGGGAGGGAUAAGAUGGAAACCGAACUGUAACGGACAUUUCGUCACACACAACAUAUGCUCUCGGCAUGCUUUUAUGAAGGAAUCUUU